AAGACUACAAAAUACUCUCAUUUUAAUCAACAGUAGCAGUUUGGAGUUGAAAUGACAAUAUGUCUGACAUCAACACGACCAGCCUGGCAGACAAGUUACAGGACCUGGAGUUGUGCCUCAAAAGUCAGCAUGAACAAGAAGUCAGUUAUGGACAGGCACUGAGGGAAGCUAUUGUUCACAUGGACCUCUUGAUUGAGGUAGAAGUCUUGAAAAGUCUUGGAGACCUGCAUCUUCAUAAAGGCAAGCUCAGUAAAGAUGCAGCAGAGUUUGACAAGGCUGCUGCCCUGUAUGCUGCUGCCCUACUGCGCUGCACAGAUCCAGACAUGGGACAAACACUGGAACAUCGUAUCGGCUACAUGGAGAAACUCUCCAAACAACUGCUGCAGGGGUACAGUCCACACUUCCGGUGGUUGUUAUCAGACUACUGGGGUACUGCUGACAGUAAUGUAUUAAGGGUGGCAGAGAUUUGUGACAAAUUAGACAGAAGUGACAAAAAAUCCAAGCAAUGUGUUGAGGAGACUUACACAGAAACAUUAGUGACUGCAAUAGAAAAUAGUGACAUGUUCUUGGAGGUUGAGGUUUUGAAAUCUCUUGGAGAUUUCUAUCUUGAGAAAGGCAAGAAAACCUCUCAUGUAUCCCAGUUCUCCAAGGCAGCUGCCAUGUACAAGAAAGCCCUGAGAAGUUGUGAGGAUUCUGUGACAAAACAGACUUUGGGCCAUCGUAUACGUUAUGCAGAAAAGAUCAGGAAAGCAGUAAAAAUGUCAGUAUCAAAUGAAUCAAAAUGGAGACAGAGAAGAUCACCCGUGGGACAGCACUGUGGGAACAUCAGAAAACCUUCUGCAGACCAUAACCUCCAUCCAAACAUACCAAGGUGGGGAUACAGUGAUGCUACAGGAAAGAGUAAAGUCACAGACAUCAGUACCACAACACUGGGAGAUAAUGACAGGUCAACACAGAGAAGAGGCAGAGCCCCUGUACAGGUUGGCUAAAGUCUACUUGAAGAGAGGAAUCCUGUCAAAAGAUGGAGGUG